GCUAAUGGCCUUUGUCUGAAGGCGGGGAGGAUCUGCCUCUGUUAGGCUGCUGAUCAGCCACAAACAGAAGGUUACGAGUUCAAACAAUUGGACUAUUUCAUCGUCAUAUUGGCUUUGCGGUAACAAGAGCGGUAUGAACUACGUCGGGUGUCUAUCCGGAGCUUGUUGGGUCGCUUUUGAGGGGACCCGGCGGUGAUUUGCAACAUUUCGGGCUUAUCGCGGAGACAACCUCGCUUUUAGGUCGUUCAAGUGGCGAUGCUGAGCUGAUAGCUGCGUCAUCAUGUUGCUUCCGACUCGAGUUGGCGAAAAUAAAUCUCAAGUUAACGCCAGCGGUGAGGCUGCCCGCCGUCAUCCAGCCCCGGAGGCCACUCCCGGCCCCUGAAAUAGAUGGAAGACGGACUGCUGGUGAGCGGUUGGCGGUAAAGCCUGUUUACGUGGUCGCUGUGAAAGUGGUGACUUUACAUCACUUGGCUCGGCGUUAUUGGCGCGAUACUCUCCUGGCUGCUUUUAUUAUCUACACUUGGAUGGACAGUCAAACAUUUCUAUGGAUGUUGCGCAGCGUUAGGUACCGCAAAAUCGUACAGAAAUAUGACCAAAUGUUUUCCGAACAGAAAGUGCAACUAUACUGAUAUUUUAGGGAUGUUAACCAUAACUGCUGGAUAGUGAGAAGUGAUGUCCUCACUGACAGCUAGGGUACAAAGCAGGACCCUCCAGUGAAAUGCUGCUGACUCCCAUCUGAUGGUGACUUUCUUCUUUAGAGCCAGUUGAGGAAAACACGCUUUUGUAACCCAUAAUGAGAGACGUUAAGCUUCAUUUGAGCUAAUUGGUUAAUGUGUAGCCGUCCACUAGGAUAUGUCUGGCUAUUAGCAAGGUGUCAACGAGUGUUUGUUGGGACUUAUUGUUAGGUCGGUGGUCUGUUGUCUGCUGUCACUGUAUCCACGUGGACUUUGUUUCAGGUAAAGUUUGGCUCGCACCUUUUCGCAGUGACGCGCGAGGGGGCGACCCGGUCCGGCAAAAGAGGGCCCAGUGUUUGCUUACUUCGGAGAGGAAGAAGCUGUGGUGUUUCUCAGCCUGGACAAAGUUACAUGUUACAUCAGAAUAAAAUAAAACCGGUUAAAAUGGCCGGCGACUGCGCCCACACCAACGCUCAUUACGCGAACGCAGAGACGUUUUGUUCGUCCAAACCCUGGUCGGAUGGAGACAGAGAGAGAGCAGGAGAGAUGGAGUCAGCCGGGAUCUCGAAAGGGCGUGGACCCCCUGCACGGUGGGCUCCCAACUUUGAGGUGAUAGACGGGCUGCUGUACCGCAAGAAGCUGGAAAAGGGCUUCAUCAACUACCGGGAGGUUCUGGAUGAGGACCGGAGACAUGAGGCCCUCUCCACCUUUCACCGGCGGCGGCGGCCUGGCCAGCGCCACCUCUCCCUGGAGGAGACCUACAAAUGUGUGGCUGAAAACUACUGGUGGGAAGGGAUGUACUUCCAGAUCAGAGAUUUUGUCCUGGCCUGUCCAGAGUGUCAUAGCCAGCGCACCAAGAAAACAGAGGAGCUGGGUGGCAGAAGAUGUGUCACAAAGACGAUGGUGUCGCACAGCGCUGACAUGCUGAGCAAGCUGAGGAGUCAGCGGGAGGCGGGGCUGUUCUGUGACAUUACCCUGCGGACGAACAGGCAAUCCUACUCAGCCCACAGAGCUGUUCUGGCCGCCGUCAGCGAUCACUUCCAGGAAAUCUUCACAGAGAUGGACUCGAGCAUGAAAGCAGACAUAGAUCUCACCGGUUUUAGUGAGGACAGCCUUCUGUCUCUGUUGGAUUUCUCCUACUCCUCCACUCUAUGUGUUCGCCAGGAGGACCUACCUGAAGUCAUCGCCAUGGCCCGCCAUCUGGGCAUGUGGCCAGCAGUGGAAGCCUGCUCCGCUCUCAUGAAAGAGCAGGAACAGCAACUCCAUCCCAGCAAGGGCUUUACCUCAGCCUGUGCUGGUGCAUGUCAUGAGCGUCACCGCCAGCAGAGGGAAAGCAAAAGGAAAAGGGUUUUGGGAUUACAGGCAAAUAUGAACAACAGCUUCAGUCUCACACUGGAUGCAUCUGAUGAGUCUUUAGAAGGAGGUCCAAGGCGCAAUCUGCGCAGGACGCCAAAGUCCCAAGGCCACAAUGGUCUCCCUCUGAGUCCCUCACACAGGAUGAAGCUCAUGGACUUCAAAUCUCCUUCUUCCAAGAAAGCCACUACACCUCGACACGCCAUAGCCACCCCACAGUCACAGAAUUACUCACCCAUAUCACCAUCAAACACCCGUCUUCUCCGCUCCACUCCUGGGGCUGCCAAGGAGGUUCAGAGAUUGCUACCAAUGCCAGAUACCCCUCGACGAAACAGAAAACAUCACUCUGUCACCCGACUCUCGUGUGCCUCCAGAUUGAGGCCCAGCACUGUGUGCAGUCCUGUGAGGGUGAAGCAGGAAGUAGAGGAGGUUGGAGAGGAUGAAGAGGAUUAUGCGAGAGCACAGGAGAAGUACAAACUGAUGAAUGUUCUUGGAUUACAGAGGACCGCCCUCCUCCCCAGACCAGAAGAUCUGAUUGGCUGGAGACAAAAGAAACGACUGAGGAAGCUGAAGGCUAACAACUAUUCACUGACCAAGCGGCGGAAACCACGCUCCGCCACCCCAGGACUUCCAUAUGGGAAUGUGACACUGUCACUUCCCCUCUGUAACCCCGUUAACACUUGCCUCCUCAACAAGUCAGCAAAGACCAAGCCAGUAGGUCCAGUCAGCAGGGAGCAGAUGACAGCAAAGAGGCGAAAGACCGUCCCGCGACAUGUCCCUCCAAGUGACAGGAGCAUGCGAAGUAAAGGUGUGUUACCAGACAUGUUCCAGCCUGCAUCCAGGUCUUCCUUCGGGGGGAGGGAACUCAGACGGUCAGUGAGGAAGGGUGACAGUGCCCAUGUUCCUGCUCAGCAGCCUCUGCGACGCAACACCAACAAAACUCUAGUGCGAAACACAGUCAGGAUCAAAUCAGAACCAGCUGAAUACUCUAUCUCAGGUCUCCCUCUUUUAUCAAACAAUCUCCAUGGCCAAACACCUCACAAAUCCCCACCUUCACAGAGGAUGCAGGCCAGAAAUAAAGUCACUGUAGAGACGGUCAAAACGCUGCGUUACAACAGCAGCCGACCAGCAACAAAGGCCAAGCUUAGGCGAGGCUCCACAAGGGAGGUGGAGAAAACAAAGUGUAAACCCAGAGAGGAAGGGAGGAAGGUGGGAAACCAGGGGCCGAGGGGGGUCAUGAACACUAGACCGAAAGUGAAAGUUAAUGAACCUGGUGAGCCCCAGUUUUCAGAAAAUGCACCUCCGCCGUCUAUCUACAACCACCCUCUGUACAAAGUCAUCAAAGAAGAGCCAGCAGAACCCGUGCCAGUUGUUGGACCUUUCCCUGAUCCUCCCUCACCAGACCUGGGCAAGCGCCAGAGCAAGCCUCCCAUCAAAUUACUGGACUCAGGCUUUCUGUUCAGCUUCUGUCGGCCGGCAGGGGGGCCGAUGCCCGGGCUGAAGAAAGAGGAGGAGAGUGUGGAUAUCUGCUUAACACGCUCUGUGUCACAAGUUGGGGAGAAGUUUGGAGCAGAGGAGUCCCCCCACAGGGCACUAAGAGCCAGAGGGCCACCCACCCUGCCUGUGGUAAAGAGGGAGAGGGAGGAGAGGAGCGUGAGCCAAAGCAAGGUUAAGAGACAGAGGCCAAACUCCCGAAACAACACUCUCCACCUGGCCAAAUCUGCCAGGUCGAAGGCUACACGGACCAUGCCAAAGCAACAAGGUAAAGUCCUCCCUCUGAACAGCAGGAGCUGUGUCAUGCCGGAUGCUGUACGUCGGGCAAGGCUAAAGCAGCUUCGAGGGCCUCGUAGUCAAGCCCCCAAAGUCCCAAAGACGGCCCAUGCCUGUGUGCAGUGCUCAGCCUCCUACAAGGACUGUGAUGCUCUAAUCAUGCAUCGCCUCAGGCACAUUGAGGGCAAGCACUGGCCAUGUCCGCUCUGCUGCAAGACCUUCUUCCGACUGAGGAAUGUACGGAACCACAUCCGCACCCAUGACCCCAAGUUGUACAAAUGCCGGACCUGCAUUGUUGCCGGUUCCUGAGGCAGCUGGAGGGUCUGCUCAAACAGCGAGACUGAGGAUGAAGGCUGUCAGUGUCUGACACCAGCUAACAGGCUGAAGCCAGAGGCACAUCACAUGAUCGAUCAGCAGCUUGUACAUAAUGCAUCCGUCACACACAGGCACAACGGUCUGCAGAAAGGCAUAAUUACUCUGAUUCUAAUCAUUGCCGUUGCCAAUGAUUGCUGAUGUUAUUUAAAUAACCAAACAAAUGUUGCUGGUCCUGUCUGCGUAUCUGUAGCUACAGAAAGUUAAACUUGAACAUUACACUCAGGGGGCGGGGAAUGUGAUGCCACGGCAUAAAGUGAUUUAACAACACCGUUGUGUAUAAAAUGAAAUGUAAAGUGAUUGUUAUAACUAUUACCGCUACUUAUUGUUAUCAUUAUUUUUCUAUGUAUAGAUGAAUUUUGAGUGCACUUAUAUCAUAGCUUAUGUUGUAAACCUAAGAAGUGGUGAAAUUGAAGGUUCAGAGUCCACGGCCAGAAUACUUGAAGUGAUGCAAGCGCUGGAGGGAAUACUUGAAGUUGGAGGGAGUCUCAGGAGUGAGAGUGUCCUUUGGGUGUUUCAGUGGGUCUUUGUCCUUUUGGUGUGCUUACUUUUAAAUGACUCGACUAGUCUGUCCCUCCUUUCGUAUUGAUUGCUAGUCUCUCCUAGUCCGUGAGUUGGAGAUUUGACUCGGGGCUGGUAUGGUGACACUGCUGCAUGUGUAUUUGCAGGCCAUUUGUAGUCCACUGUCUUUUCUAAGGCUGUCAAUUUUAAAAAGGGAAACAAGUCUCAUUUUUAAUGUAAAUUUCUGUAUAGUAUUCAACACAACUGUGUCAUUACAGAUGUUUUAUUGAUCUCCUCUUCCACUUUAAUCAAACACAGGACACUUGGAGUCUUGUUUUACUUCAUAUUCCCCCCUACUGAAUAAUGCAAUGUGUUCACAUAAAGAGAUGUUUAUGUUUCACAAAUUGAUUUUAGAAAUAAAUGAGCUGCCUCUCGCUAUCUGUUAAAAGACUGAAUAAAUUUUUGCUUUUUA